UCAGUACACUACAUGGCCUCUUCUUCGACUGAAAUGUUGUUGCAGGCUCUCCUAUGGAAGUUCCCCUUUUCCUGUAACACACGCACCCGUAUUAUCCCUCCUACUCUUCUCCUCACAUCACCCUCCAUUGGCUCUAACCAACGCUCUUCCAAACGCACUUUGAAUAACUCAAUUUGCAGUUCAAUUGCCCCAAUCACAUCGUCUUCCACUAUAUCAACGAACGAAGAAGUCGGCGGUUUUGUCGCUGAUCAACAUUUGACGCUUCGAAAUAUCUGCGAAGGCCGCGUGCCUGAUCAUGUCUUACGCAGAAUUGAAGAACUUGGAUUCCUUAUGCCUACAGAGAUACAAAGACAAGCUCUACCAAUUCUAUUCUCUGGCCAAGAUUGCAUUCUCCAUGCCCAGACAGGUUCAGGGAAAACUUUGGCAUACUUAUUACAGAUUUUUUCAGUAAUAAACACACAAAGAUCAUCUGUACAAGCAUUGAUUGUGGUUCCAACUAGGGAGUUGGGCAUGCAAGUUGCAAAGGUUGCUCGGAUACUGGCUGCAAAGCCUGAUCAACCUGUAGCAGAAGAUAAGGCAUGCACUAUUAUGACUCUUCUAGAUGGAGGAACUUUAAGAAGACAAAAAAGUUGGUUGAAGGCUGAGCCCCCUACAAUAAUUGUUGCAACAAUAGGAAGCUUGUGCCAAAUGCUUGAAAAGCAUAUCAUCAAAUUAGAUUCAAUGCGUGUGCUUGUAAUCGAUGAGGUUGAUUUCAUGUUUAAUUCUUCACAACAAGUUAGCUCUCUUCGAAAGCUAUUGAUAUCAUACUCAUCAAUCAACACUCGUCAAACAGUUUUUGCAAGUGCUUCAAUCCCACAACACAGACGAUUUUUAUACGAUUGUAUACAACAAAAAUGGACAAAGGCAAAUGUUGUCCAUAUUCAUGCAAAUCCCAUUCACCCAAUGCCUCCACGUUUACACCAUAGAUUUCUGAUAUGUAAUAGAAAGGAAAGACAUUCAGCAUUGUUGUGGUUGUUGAAAUCUGAUGCACCUCAGUCUGCGAUAAUUUUUGUUAAUGAACAGUCUGAGAAGUCUAAGAAAGCUGGAAAUGAUCCUGCAACAAAUAUUGUAAUGGAUGCUUUGAAGAAUUCACAUAAAGGGGAACAUGAAAUCCUGCUUUUAGAGGAAAAGAUAAAUUUCAACUCUAGGGCAGCUUCUUUCUCUGAACUGAGACAAGGAGGAGCAUACAUUUUGGUGGCAACUGAUAUAGCGGGGAGAGGCGUUGACUUGCCUGAUACAACUCACAUAUACAACUUUGACUUACCAAAAGAUGCAGUCCAUUAUUUACAUAGAGCUGGAAGAACAGGAAGAAAACCAUUUUCAGAAAGUAAAUGUGUUGUUACUUCCAUAUUAACAUCAGAAGAGAGGUUUGUGUUACAAAGAUAUGAAAAUGAAUUGAUGUUUCAUUGUCAUGAGAUGUUUCUGUAAGUGUUAAGUUUUGAGUUGAAAUUACCUAUUUGUCCA